AUGGCGACAACAAAGGUGGCGUCCAUGGUGAAGGCUACAGCUCUCGUGCUCUUCGUUUGUGCUCUACUUUGUCUUGUACCUACAGGCGAUGCCAAGGACAUGGAGCCGUGCCAGGACACCGACCUGCAGAUCUCGACGGCGCGGACAGGGAAGAUCGUCAGCGGCCAGCCGGAGUACAAGGUGACCGUCAGCAACCAGUGCUCAUGCCCAGUGUCGGGCGUCGUGCUCUCCUGCCCGGAUGGCCUGUCGAGCAUGGAGGCCGUGGACAGCACCAAGAUCCACGUGGUUGACAAUAAGAGUAUGCUUUGCCUCCUCUACAACGGCUGGCCGAUCAGCAAGGGCUCGCCGGUCACCUUCGCCUACGCCUGGAAGGCGACCCUCGACUUCACCCUGUACAACGCCACGCCGCGGUGCUAG